AUGCUGCACCCACCGUCCGUCUCCACCCUUCUCUCCAUCGACCUGCACACGCUGCACCCACCGUCCGUCUCCACCCUUCUCUCCAUCGACCCGCACACGCUGCACCCACCGUCCGUCUCCACCCUUCUCUCCAUCGACCCGCACACGCUACACCCACCAUCCGUCUCCACCCUUCUCUCCAUCGACCCGCACACGCUGCACCCACCGUCCGUCUCCACCCUUCUCUCCAUCGACCCGCACACGCUACACCCACCGUCCGUCUCCACCCUUCUCUCCAUCGACCCGCACACGCUACACCCACCGUCCGUCUCCACCCUUCUCUCCAUCGACCUGCACACGCUGCACCCACCGUCCGUCUCCACCCUUCUCUCCAUCGACCCGCACACGCUACACCCACCGUCCGUCUCCACCCUUCUCUCCAUUGACCCGCACACGCUGCACCCACCGUCCGUCUCCACCCUUCUCUCCAUCGACCCGCACACGCUGCACCCACCGUCCGUCUCCACCCUUCUCUCCAUCGACCUGCACACGCUACACCCACCGUCCGUCUCCACCCUUCUCUCCAUCGACCUGCACACGCUACACCCACCGUCCGUCUCCACCCUUCUCUCCAUCGACCUGCACACGCUGCACCCACCAUCCGUCUCCACCCUUCUCUCCAUCGACCUGCACACGCUGCACCCACCAUCCGUCUCCACCCUUCUCUCCAUCGACCUGCACACGCUGCACCCACCGUCCGUCUCCACCCUUCUCUUCAUUGAGAGCACUUGA